AUGUUGCGGAAAUGCUUCACCACCGUGGCCAGCUCCUCCUCAUUCACAUCGACUCAUACUCUCAAGGAGAAAAAAUGGGACGCGCUGGUCAUCGGCGGUGGCCACAACGUCUUGACGGCAGCUGCCUACCUCGCUCGAGCCGGUCUCUCCGUCGUAGUGCUUGAGCGUCGCCACCUCGUCGGCGGCGCAGCCGUUACUGAAGAGAUCAUCCCUGGCUUCCAGUUCUCCAGAUGCAGCUACCUCCAGAGUCUUCUUCGCCCCUCCAUCAUCAAAGAGUUGGAGUUGGAGAGGCAUGGAUUGAAGAUGCUGGAAGGAAGCGCAUUCUCUUUCACGCCUUGUUUUGAUGGCCGUUACAUUCUGCUUGGAACCGACGCCGAUCACAACCUUGCAGAGAUUUCCAAAUUCUCCAAAAGGGACGCCGACGAUUAUCCGAGGCAUCGACAAAGAUUAACGUUGCUGUGGAUAAGCUGUCCCAUUUCCCAUAUUGGAAGUCGAGCAGUCAUAAUCCAGGUCCCCACCUCAUGGGGACGAUUCGAAUCGGAGCAGACAAGCAAGCAUGUAGUAGGGCUGUUCACACAGUACACACCAUACAAGCCAUCAGAUGGAAGCUGGGAUGAGCCGAUGUACAGAGAAGCGUAUGCAGAAAGAUGUUUCAGAUUGGUUGAAGAGUAUGCCCUGGGCUUCAGCACCUCCGUCAUUGGGUAUGACAUGUUGACUCCUCCAGACCUGGAGCGCGUCAUCGGCCUUACAGGAAUACCUUUCAUGGUGCCAUGGGACUGGACAGUCUCUUCCUCCUGCGGCCAGUAA